AUGAAAGGGACAAAUUUUAGCACUCCAGCAGGUUUUAUAUUGCUAAGCUUUUCUGACCAGCCCCAGCUGGAGAUGGUUCUCCUUCUGGUCAUCUCCUUCAUAUACCCUGUGACACUGAUGGGGAAUACAGCCAUCAUACUGGUCUCAUACUUCAAUCCCCAACUCCACAGCCCCAUGCAUUUCUUCUUCUCUAAUCUCUCCUUCCAGGACCUCUGUUUCACUACCAGUAUUGUUCCACAAAUGUUUUGGAAUUUCAAGGGCCCUGAGAAGACCAUCAGCUACAUCGGCUGUGUGAUCCAGCUAUAUGUUGCUUUGGAGCUGGGCUCCACAGAGUGUAUUCUCCUGACUGCUAUGGCCUAUGAUCACUUCAGUGCUAUCUGUCGACCCCUCCACUAUGGUGUUAUCAUGCACCCAAAGCUUCUCCAGCAACUUGCAGCCGUGGCCUGGAUUACUGGCUUUCUGGGGCCCACAGUUCAGACCGUCCUUGUUUUCCAAUUGCCUCUCUGCAGCCACCAUAGGGUGGAUGAUUUUGUGUGUGAAUAGCCAGCCCUGAUUAAAAUUGCCUGUGUGAACACAACCUUUCUGGAAAAUGAGCUUUCCAUAGCUAUUGUCUUCUAUGUGGUUACACCUCUGGGGCUUAUUCUGGUCUCCUGUGUUUGCAUUGUUAGGAGUGUGCUGAGGAUAAAAUCCACCCAAGGAAGGAGGAAAGCAUUUGGGACCUGUAGGUCACACCUAAUUGUUGUGGUUUUGCUUUUCGGGACUAUAUUUUCUUUCUAUAUUCAACCCAAGGGCAUGUAUGCACAGAAUUACAGUACAUUCCUUACCCUCUUCUACACUGUAGUAACACCCUCACUGAAUCCUUUGAUCUACACCGUGAGAAACAAAGAAUUUAAGUGGGCUCUAUGA